CCCCGCCACUUCCGUAUUUGCAACACUCGCCGUCGCUACCGUCGUCCGCUCGUGCCUUGAGGCACUCGCGAACCGCGAGCAGGCGCCAUGGUUGCCCAACGCAGGGCGGCGCUCCUUGAGGAGAGCGCCGAAGUCGAAGUACUCUUCGCCAAUAUGGAAAAAAUGAAGGCCCUCACAAAGAAGAUCCAGGGCAGCGUCAACAGGCUAGACGCGAGCGGAAAGGCGGUACAAGAAGCUAUUAGCCCGAUCUAUGGAAACACGCAGAAGCUGCAGAUUGCGAAUACGAAUAUCGAUCGCGUUAUCGAGGCGAUUGAGCGAUUGAGAGCGCCAAGGGAGGAGAGCGAGAGGGAGGAGAGAAUCAUUCGAGCAGGACCCGGAAGAGGCGAUUUCGACGGCUACAUUGCCUCCCUUGAUCGAACAACACAGGCGCUUUCAGAUCUCAAGCGCACGAACUUGCGCUCGAACGAGAAAGCGAUCGCUCAUCUUAGCGGCCUACUGAAGCUUGGAAAUAAACAGCUCGAGGACGUAUUUCGGGGUAUCUUACAGGAUUGCUCCCGAGAGAAGUUGCAGCCGUUGGAGUAUGUUGCUAAGCAGAACCCAUUUCCACGUAUACCCCAAGAGAAGCUCAACACCCUGCGCCAGAUCAGCUCUCACAUAUCGAAGUCCUUCGCUCAAUUGUCGCAAAACGAUGUGUCGCAUACCCCCACCCAAAGAAUAUAUGCAGACGUGCGAGGCGAUUACCUCGAAAGCUCGUUGACUAGUCUUGUGCAAGCAUCGAUUAGCACAGCUAGGAAAGUCCAGGCGGACGCGUUAUACAAGAAGGGAACAAAUGGCAUUGGAACUUAUGUUCAGGCAAUAGAAGGACUAUUCGUGGCCGAGUACGACAACCUAAACUACGUGUUCGAACGAGAAGAAUGGAGUUUGGUCUGUGUGUCUACCUGCCAGGUUCCACUGGGAGACUUCAACAAGACACUACGCGAGCUGAACGGACAUAUCCAGAAGAACUUGCUGACGGACUGCUUCCUCGGCUAUGAGAUCUGCGGGCUUGUCAGGACCUUGUCCAUGCGACUGCAGAAACAAACAGGCGCGCUCAAAGACCAGAUCUACGACAGCGUCAAGCCGAUCCGAGAAACUUCGAAGUUGUCCCUGAGCAAGCUAUUAGAAGAUGCGCGGGCUCGUUCCCAGGGCCUUAUCGCUCUCCCAAUCGAUGGAGGUCCCGUGGACAUAACAACACAGACGAUGCGACGCCUCCAGGAGAUGACCAAUUAUCUGGACCCUCUGUCGUCAAUAUUGGCAUCACUAGGUGAAGGUGGAUGGAAUUCAGGAUCCACAAACAACUCUUCAACCACCUUGGACGUUGGCCCCGACUCCAUGAAGUUGUUCGCGCAUUAUGCAUCUGACACUAUCGACACACUACUGCAGAACCUGAUUGGCAAGGCUAGGAUGCUACUGAAGGGCAAAAACCUGCAGGGCGUCUUCAUAGCGAACAACGUGGCUAUCAUCACACGGAUAAUACGGUCCUCAGAAUUAGCCCCCCUUAUGGAGAGCUACUCUAAGAAGCUCGGAGACUGGCGCAAACAGAGCACAGCCAUGUAUCUCGAAGCAUGGCGGGAACCAUCGGGGUACUUGCUCGAUGUGCAGUACACGAACCGCAGCAAGGAACGACCAACUUCCGGCGGCAUAGACUCCGCUGCCAUUGUGAAGUCUCUCGGCUCGAAAGAUAAAGACGCCAUCAAGGAGAAAUUCAAAAGCUUCAACACCAGCUUCGACGAUCUAGUGACACGCCACAAGUCGUACGCGAUGGAGCCUGAAGUGAGGAGCCAACUAGCCAAGGAGGUGCAGAAUAUCAUCGAGCCGCUGUACAACCGGUUCUACGACCGCUAUCGGGAGAUUGACAAGGGCAAGGGCAAGUACGUGAAGUACGACAAGACUGAGCUGAAUAGGACGCUCGCGAGCUUUGCCUAGCACAGUGACUUUGGCGUUGGUCUGUAUUUUUAGGCGUUCGAUUUGCACGCAAAAUACCCUUUGGAUAUUACCCAUCAGGCAUUGAUGAAUUGGGAGGGCUGGAUGAUAGCAGUGGAUUUUAUGCAAGUGCAUGCGAUGCAAUGCGAUUGGAUUGGUUCGGAACCAUGAUUUGGAGCACCGGCUGUGUUGUGUACCGUGGCUCCAGCUUGUACUGCAACGUUCAUUGUAUGACAUCGUGAUAUAGCAGCGGGAUACUUUGUAGACAUAAUGUGAGGAUUUGUAGCAGUGC